AUGACACAGGAUAAAAGAAAGAAGAUUGGUGUCAGAACAACCUGUAGUGCAGCAAAAUCAAAAACCUGUGAGCACAGGGCCAAAAAGAAACGUUCCGCUACUCUAUUGAGCCUUUUGGAUACUGAGGAUGAACUGUUUAACAUCACGGGGGAUUCAAUGUCUAUUGAUGUACGGGAAUGGUUGACAGUUACCUUUACAAGGAGAAAAAAGCAAUACAAACCUGAGGAAACAGCAAAUUUUCGUACUAUAGAAUAUGCUGUUCAGACUAGUGCUUCAGUAGAAAGGGCAUUUCGUACACCCACAAGCCCAACUGGAUUGGCUUUUCCAUCUGAAGUCACAGAAACUUUCAAGGAUGUUGAUAAAUGGGAGUUUGAUGUAUUUGCCUUAAAUGAGGCUAGUCAAGGACACAGCUUGAAAUAUCUGAUGUUCGUGCUAUUCAGCAAAUAUAAUCUUCUGAGCCAAUUUAAGAUUCCCAUUACUUGCCUAAUUUCAUUUGCAAGUGCUCUGGAACUUGGGUACAACAAAUAUCAAAAUCCAUAUCACAAUGCAGUCCAUGCUACAGAUGUCACUCAAACUGUGCACACAAUCUUGCUUCAUACUGGAAUCAUGCACUGGUUCACUGACCUGGAGAUAUUAGCAAUUAUUUUCAGCACCUCAAUCCAUGAUUAUGAACAUACUGGGACCACAAAUCAUUUCCAUGUUGUAACAAGGUCAGAAGCUGCUCUUUUAUAUAAUGACAAUUCAGUUCUUGAAAAUCAUCACGUGAGUGCUGUUUACCAUCUUAUACAAAAUGAAGAAAUGAACAUUUUAGUCAAUUUAACUACAGAUGAAUGGAGGUAA